AUGGCCGAUCAAUUAGAAUACGUGUUUCAUGAUGUCAGGUAUCGAUUCGACUACUUGCUACUACGAGCUAAACAGAGAUACUAUCGAAUAAAGAACCCUCGAGUGAUUUCCGGAAGAUUAAAGCAUACCCCCUUGCUUUCUCUAAGAACCAUUCCGCAACUUGAACAACAACGAGUUCAGUCGGACCAGUUACGUUUACUAAAAAGAGUAGAGGUACCAGUUGAUGUUGAUGGACGAGAAGAAGAAGAAGGAGAUGACGACGAAGAGUACAUUGGCUAUGAUGUGCACCUUCUAUCAUCUUAUAAUGCAAAUCAAGUAGACUCGUCAGAUAUCAUUUCUUUAGGGGGAGAAGAAGAACCUAUGAAUCAAUAUGUUGCAGGGGUAAUUGAAACUACACCAAGAAAGAGAGAUAGACUUCUAGACAUCCUUAAGGGUAUCAAUAGUCCUACUCACAAACCCCAUUUCGGUAGCGACUUAUACACCAUGGAUACAACACCUGCUGAAGUCUCGGUGUCACUGUCAAAGGUCAUGCGGAAUCAUCAAUUACGGUUAGCACCAGAAGAAUCGAACUCCCCUGGUCAAGAUAUGUCUACGACUGGGGUUACGAUUAGGUAUGAGAAGGCUAAAGAGAACUUUCCGUCAGUAGACAUAUUUGCAGCCAAUUUAAAGGAAGGACGGGAAAAAAUUUCCAGAGGAUAG